AUGUUUAACGUAAUAGUGUCACUAGCGUGUUUAACGUUAUGCCUUGGAUAUUAUAUUGACAGUUUACAGCCAGCAACCCCAACCAACAGCACAUGCAGUACAGCCGAAGUGUGUCUUACACCGGGAUGUGUCACAGCAGCUGCACGUGUUAUGGGGGCAAUGGAUAUGACAGUAAACCCUUGUGACGAUUUUUACAAUUUCGCAUGCGGCACGUGGAUUCGAAAGAAUGUAAUUCCAGAGGACAAAAGCUCAUUUCGCACAUUCACGAAACUCAGCGACGAUGUAUCGAUGAUCGUAAAAUCUGUGCUGGAAGUUGCUAAUGGUGCUGCCCGUCCAGACGCUGUCGUGAAAGCAAGAACUUACUACAAAGCUUGUACAAAUGAAAGUAGGAUAGAAGAACUUGGACUGACUUUUAUACAUCAGUAUAUGGAAGGUUUUGGUGGCUGGCCAGUACUAGGGCCAAACCCCGGGGGCAACUGGACUCCCAGUACAUACAAUAGCGAAGAUUCACUCAUUUAUUCAAGACAGGGAACUCAUUACACACCCCUUGUUGAGGUUGGAGUCAUGCAGGAUAGUAAAAACCCUACAAAACAUAUCCUUUAUAUUGAUCAGCCAUACCUGGGAAUGCCAAGCCGUGAUUAUUAUCUAAAUGGUCGUAACGAUGAAACACUGAUGGCUUACCAGACCAUGAUAGAAGAAAGCGCGGUAGCUUUUGGUGCUGAUCCAAUCACAGCUUUAAAUGAUGCUAAAGAUAUGGUUGACAUGGAAAUAGAACUUGCUAACAUUACCGUUCCUAGAGAAGAAAGAAGAGACCCAGAGAAAUUGUACAACAAAAUGACACUCGGUGAACUGAGUAAUAACUUCACAGGGAUAGAUUGGAGGAAAUUUAUCAACGGAACGAUGCAAAUAAUUGGACUAUCUCUGAAUGAUUCUGAACCAGUUUUAGCCAUAGCUCCUCCAUUCCUUGAGAAAAUUGGAAAUCUUAUGGCUAAAUAUUCUCCAAGGGUCAUUGCCAACUACAUAGUAGCCAGACAAGUUUUAGAAAAAACGUUUUAUCUUCCAAAAGUAUUUAGAGAUAUUCAGUUGAAAUACAGGAAGGUUCUAAUUGGGUCAGCAACAGAAUCUCCAAGAUGGCAGUCUUGCUCGUACACAGAAAGGGGCUGGAUGCCGGAAGUUGUUGGGCGAUUGUUUGUCGCAGAUGCUUUUAAGGAAGAGGCUAAAACUGACGUAUUAGAUUUAGUUGACAAACUGAAGAUUGCUUUUAAAGGCAUGAUAGACAAACUUACAUGGAUGGAAAAUGCUACAAAACAAGUCGCAAAAGAAAAGGCUGACCAUAUGGAGCCCAGAAUUGGGUACUCAGAUAUUGUCUAUAACGACACAGCUAUAAAUAUGAUGUACGAAAAUGAAGAUGAUACACUGAUAACAAUGGAAACAAAACAAAGUUAUCUCAGAAAUAAUCAAGAAAGAUCGGAUAUGUCUCCAGCAACUGUUAACGCUUACUACAACAGGCUAACAAACCAAAUAUCUUUUCCAGCCGCCAUACUUCAACCACCGUUCUAUGCAAAUGAUCAGCCAGCGUAUCUCAGUUAUGGCGGGAUCGGUUAUGUAAUUGGGCACGAAAUUACACAUGGUUUUGAUGAUCAAGUAUAUCAUACAACAUUUAGCAAUGCUGAACGUCAGGAUCAUAUUACAGGUCGACUAUACGACAAAAACGGAAACUUAAAUAAUUGGUGGACUGACACAGACGCCGCUAACUUCAAAGCUCGAGCCCAAUGUAUCAUUGACCAGUACAGUAACUUUACAGUACCAGGAACAGGAGGUCUGACGGUAAGUCAGUUUGACAGUAACGUUACAGUACCAGGUAACGUUACAGUACCAGAGACAGCAGGUCUGACGGUAAGUCAGUUUGACAGUAACGUUACAGUACCAGGGUCAGGGUGUAUGACAGUAAGUCAACUGGACAGUAACUUUACAGUACCAGGGACAGCAGGUCUGACGGUAAGUCAGUUUAACAGUAACGUUACAGUACCAGGGUCAGGGUGUAUGACAGUAAGUCAACUGGACAAUAUCUUUACAGUACCAGGGACAGCAGGUCUGACGUACCAGGGACAGGAAGUCAGCUUGACAGUAACUUUACAGUACAAGGGAAGGAGGUCUGACGUAACAGGGACAGCAGGUCUGACGGUAAGUCAGUUUGGCAGUAACAUUAGAGUACAAGGGACAGGAGGUCUGACGUACCAGGGACAGGAAGUCAGUUUGACAGUACAGUUGACAGUAAGUCAACUGGACAGUAACUUUACAGUACCAGGGACAGCAGGCCUGACGGUAAGUCAGUUUGACAGUAACUUUACAGUACCAGGGACAGGAGGUCUGACACUGAAUGGGGUAAACAGCCAAGGUGAAAACAUCGCUGACAAUGGUGCAAUCAAGGAAAGUUUUCAGGCGUAUCGUGAGUGGGUAAAAACAAGCCGCCAAGGUAAGGAAGAGGAUAAAUUACCGGGAGUGGAUUAUACACUAAAUCAAUUGUAUUUCCUUAAUGCAGCACAGAAUGAUAUUAGAAAAAAAGUAUAUGGACCCUUGCAAAACUUUGACGAGUUUUCCAAAGCAUGGAACUGUCCUGUUGGAUCUUACAUGAACCCUUCAAACAAGUGUUCCGUUUGGUAGACAUGGAAGACGUAGAACAUUGGAACACUCUGCAGUUUGAACGAGGCAUGAAUUCAGCUGUCGUCUAAUAUGUUCGGUCGAUCCAAACAUG